ACUUAGGAGCUGCGGUCUUUCUCCUUCACAGAUCCAUCUUCCUUCUGGAGCCAGGGACCGCGAUUCCGCCUGGAGCCCCGCCCACUAGGUCCUGCAAAUUCUCGAUUGGCUGAUGAUUCUCUCCAGGUGCCUCCUGAAGAGCUACCAUGUCUGAGAAUUCUUCAUCUUCCCCAGUACAGAACAAGAACAGAUAUGAACCCAAGACUGCUAAUCUUCGAAUGACAGAUAAGAAAUGUUCAUGGGCCUCCUACAUGACCAACUCCCCGACUCUUAUUGUUAUGAUUGGUUUGCCAGCCCGGGGUAAAACCUAUGUGUCUAAAAAGCUUACACGCUACCUCAACUGGAUUGGGGUGCCUACCAAAGUGUUCAAUCUUGGGGUUUAUCGACGUCAAGCAGUCAAGUCCUAUAAGUCCUACGACUUCUUUCGGCAUGACAACAAAGAGGCCAUGAAGAUCCGCAAACAUUGUGCCAUGGUGGCCCUGGAAGACGUUAAGACCUAUCUGACUGAGGAGAACGGGCAGAUUGCGGUAUUUGAUGCCACCAAUACUACCCGGGAGAGGAGAAAAAUGAUUUUGAACUUUGCCGAGGAGAAUUCCUUCAAGGUAUUCUUUGUGGAAUCUGUUUGUGAUGAUCCUGAUGUCAUCGCUGCCAAUAUCCUGGAGGUAAAGGUGUCAAGCCCUGACUACCCUGAAAGGAAUAGGGAGAAUGUGAUGGAGGACUUCCUGAAGAGGAUUGAGUGCUACAAAGUCACCUACCAACCCCUUGACCCAGACAACUAUGACAAGGAUCUUUCUUUCAUCAAAGUGAUAAAUGUGGGCCAGCGUUUUUUAGUCAACAAAGUCCAGGACUAUAUCCAGAGCAAGAUUGUCUACUACCUCAUGAAUAUUCAUGUCCAGCCUCGCACCAUUUACCUUUGCCGGCAUGGAGAGAGCGAGUACAAUCUCUUAGGAAGGAUUGGGGGUGACUCUGGCCUCUCUGUGCGGGGAAAGCAGUUUUCCCAGGCUCUAAAGAAGUUUCUAGAGGAGCAGGAAAUAAAAGACCUUAAAGUGUGGACAAGCCAGUUGAAGAGGACUAUCCAGACUGCUGAGUCUCUUGGAGUGACCUAUGAGCAGUGGAAGAUUCUGAAUGAGAUUGAUGCUGGCGUGUGUGAGGAGAUGACAUACGAAGAGAUCGAGAAGCAGUACCCAGAGGAGUUUGCUCUUCGAGAUCAAGACAAGUAUCUGUAUCGCUAUCCUGGCGGGGAGUCAUACCAGGACCUGGUACAGCGGCUGGAGCCUGUCAUCAUGGAGCUGGAACGUCAGGGCAAUGUCCUUGUCAUCUCCCACCAGGCUGUCAUGCGAUGCCUCCUGGCCUACUUCUUGGAUAAGGGCGCAGAUGAGCUACCAUACUUGAGGUGUCCUCUCCAUAUCAUCCUCAAACUCACUCCUGUGGCCUAUGGGUGCAAAGUGGAAACGAUUACGCUCGGAGUGGAGGCUGUGAACACUCACCGUGAGAAACCGGCUAACAACCUCCCCAAGAACCAAACCCCUGUAAGGAUGAGAAGGAACAGCUUUACGCCUCUGUCCAGUUCGAAUACAAUAAGGCGUCCGAGAAAUUACAGUGUUGGGAGCCGGCCCCUCAAGCCCCUCAGCCCUCUCCGUGCCUUGGACAUGCAAGAAGGGGCCGACCAGCCGAAGACCCAAGUCAGCAUUCCGCCAGGUCCUGAAAGGGCCAGCCCAGGUUACAGAACAUCCACAGAAUGCUCUGGAGCUUGCAAGUGGACAUAGGGUUCUUUGCCAAUCACAGCAACUUUCCUGCCACAGCCAGUGACCUCUGGGGCUUUUUAGAAGGAUGGAGUUAGAUUCUGGAGUCACCACUGAUGUCUGAAUCACU